AAGGCCGGCGAGAAGCCCCGAGCGGCACAACCAGUUGAGGUGUUCUCUCUUUUGGUUCUUCGUAGAGGUUCAUCGUUCGUUAACCGCAAACAUGUCUGGCCGUGGUAAAGGUGGAAAGGCUAAGGGAAAGGCGAAAUCUCGUUCCAAUCGCGCUGGACUGCAAUUCCCCGUUGGACGUAUCCACAGACUUCUGCGUAAAGGAAAUUACGCCGAGCGCGUUGGUGCUGGUGCCCCAGUCUAUCUGGCUGCGGUAAUGGAAUACCUCGCUGCAGAAGUAUUGGAAUUGGCGGGAAACGCUGCACGAGAUAACAAAAAGACCAGAAUCAUUCCCAGGCAUUUACAGCUAGCCAUUCGGAAUGACGAAGAGUUGAAUAAAUUGCUUUCUGGCGUUACCAUCGCUCAAGGUGGUGUGCUGCCGAACAUCCAAGCAGUAUUGUUGCCAAAAAAAACUGAGAAGAAAGCUUAACUACACAGCAACAACAAACGGCCCUUUUUAGG